CCGCGACGCUAGCAGUGUCUACCGCCAACCGCCCGACAAAAACCAUCGGUUAGUCGGCAACCGACCGGUCGGUUACCGGUUAGUUGCUCGGUUAACCGUGGUAACCGCAAUUUUAACCAAAUUCAUUCGCCGACUGACUGAUUGAUUCAACCGCAAUUCAAAGUCAAUCCAGGUACUCGAACUCGUCGUCGCGAAGAUGGGCGGAGAACUUGACGGGGGCGCUACGACCUCCAGCAGGAACUCCACCUUGUAAGGUAGAUUGGCGGAGAUGGUCUUCUCUGAUGCUGCUUCCUCCACCUGGCGGCGGUUGUUAGCCCAGGAGACGAGGAACAAGGGAGAGCGAGUGAGGAAGGUAACUGAGUGGCGCUGGGGCGCGGAGAAGACAGAAGGCCGAUGGCGACGGCGGGGGCUGCGGCGGAGGUUGCUGCGGGGAAGGGUUUGCGGCGGCGGACUCUCGCUGGCGGCGAGGACUGAUGCUGGUGGCGGAGACUGGUGCUAGUGGUGGAGUGGGCGUCGAUGCAGAGAAGGGAAGGGAAGGAAGAAGUUUGAUUCGGCAAAUUGGGGAAGGAAGACGAAGUCGAAGACGAAUUAGGGUUUGGCAGUGGUAGGCGGCGUUUUGGACUUUUGGUGAAACGCUGAAGAGUGGGAAGCUGGGCGGCGUUUUGUGGGGGGGUUUGGCCGUGCCGGUUAGCCGGUUAACCGGCGGUUAGAUCCGUCGGUUAGCCGGUUAACCGCCACCUCCAAUAUUCCUACCGAGCACCACCGGCGUAAUUUUUUUUCGGUUAGUCGAUUAACCGGUAACCGGCGGUUAUCGAUUUGACCGGCCGGUUAACCGGUAACCGCUAGCCGAACGGCCAGCCCUACCCGUUACGUAAAGUUCACUCAUUAAAAUAUUAGCCACAACAAACAUGAUAUUUGUGUGUGUGUGUUUUUAAUGUUGCGGUUUGUCUUCCAGCGACAGGCGAAGGAUCGCCAUUGCUGAAUGCUGACCGCUCUCACCGAUUCCACUCUCUGGCCUCAGCUAACCACAGAACUCAGCCACCCAAAUUCCUUUUCCAUCGCCAUCCCUUUCCUUCGACUGCCUUUCGCUUUCUCAAUUUCCCCUCCUCAAAAUAAUCUAUCCUUUCAAAAUUCUUGCUAAACCCCUACCAAAAGCCAAAUUAUCCUCCACUCUGUUCUUCUUCCCUCAGGGGAGCGUCCAGUUACCGCCACUCUUUCAUAGAUUGACAUCCAAAUUGUUAACGUUGAGCUGCAACUUGAAAAUAUCUUCCUUCUUCACCAAGCCCACCUAGGCUCUCGACCCAACUCCUGUUUUGUUUGGCCGCUGAGAAAAUUCGGUAUUACGGCUAUUGGAUGGUUAGAGUAAAUUGAACUAUUGCCUAUUGUGCGGUUGUCUUGUUCGGUUUAUCGGGCUCCAAAUGUCGUAGCCAAGCGUUGCUUGAGACUCGGAAUUCGCUUCUCUGAUUUCCCAUUUUCCUCUCUUUUCUUACCCCCUGUUUUCUCGGAAGCCAAACGGGGAAAGCCGUUCACUUUGCUCGGUCUUCUGUCUAUUGCUCUGUUCUUUUCUCUUUCUUGAAGGGAGCUUCAGGUAUGGCGUCCACUGCUAAUAAUUCACUUUCUUCUGUGUCUAAGUUCUGCUCUUCGUAUUCUGUUAAGCAGAAAUGUCGACUUUUUGUUGUUUCUCUUUGUGUGAAUCCACGCCCUAGGGUGUCUAGCAUAAUCUGCAGCAACCAAAACCCUAAGAGCCCUAAUUUAUCCGUUUCAAAGCUGAAUUCUAAAGUCCCGAUUAGGGAGUUCCGGUUACACGGGUCGGUAGAACUGGACCGGUUCAUUACGAGUGAUGACGAGGAAGAAAUGAGUGAAGGGUUCUUUGAGGCAAUAGAGGAGCUAGAGAGAAUGGCAAGAGAACCCUCUGAUAUCCUGGAGGAAAUGAACGAGAGGCUAUCGGAUAGGGAGUUGCAGUUGGUGCUGGUGUAUUUCUCACAGGAAGGGAGAGAUUCGUGGUGUGCACUUGAGGUGUUUGAGUGGUUAAGAAAGGAGAAUCGAGUCGAUUCGGAGACAAUGGAGCUUAUGGUAUCCAUAAUGUGUGGCUGGGUCAGGAAGUUGAUUCAGGGAAACCACACUGUGGGUGAUGUGGUGGACCUUCUUGUGGAUAUGGAUUGUGUUGGGUUGAAGCCGAGUUUCAGUAUGAUGGAAAAGGCGAUAUCUUUGUAUUGGGAGAUGGGGAUGAAGGGGAUGGCUGUUUCGUUUGUUAACGAGGUUUUGAAACGGGGGAUUUCUUGUUCGGAGGAUGAUGUUGAAGGUCAAAAGGGUGGUCCAACGGGUUAUCUUGUGUGGAAGAUGAUGGUCGAUGGAAACUACAGAGAAGCUGUCAAAAUGGUCAUCAAUCUCAAAGAGUCCGGACUGAAGCCAGAAGUCUAUGCCUACCUCAUCGCAAUGACAGCUGUAGUCAAAGAGCUAAAUGAGCUCGCUAAAGCCUUACGCAAACUGAAAAGCUUUUCGAGGUCCGGCUCGGUUGCUGAACUUGACCCUGAGAAUGUGAAACUCGUGGAGACAUACCAAUCCAAGCUUCUAGAAGAUGGUGUACACCUAUCUAGAUGGGUAAUCGAAGAAGGAAGUUCCUCACUUUCUGGUGUGGUCCAUGAACGCCUUCUCGCCAUGUACAUAUGCGCUGGGCGUGGGCUAGAAGCUGAGAGGCAGCUGUGGGAAAUGAAGCUCGUGGGUAAAGAAGCCGAUGGGGAUCUCUACGACAUGGUCUUAGCAAUCUGCGCCUCGAGAAAUGAAAGUGCGGCAAUUGCUCGGUUGCUUUCAAGGAUCGAUGUUAUGAGCUCUCUACGUAAGAAGAAGUCGCUGUCUUGGUUGUUGAGAGGCUAUGUCAAAGGAGGAUUUUACGACGAGGCGGCAGAAGUGCUGACUAGGAUGCUCGAUUUGGGGUUGUGUCCCGAUUAUUUGGACAGGGUGGCUGUAAUGCAAGGGGUAAGGAAGAGGAUUCAGAAAUGGGAAGAUGUCGAAUCGUAUCUGAAAGUCUGCAAGCGGCUGUCUGAUGCGAGUUUGAUUGGACCUGCGCUCGUGUAUCUGUACGUCAAGAAGCAUAAACUUUGGAUCAUGAAGAUGCUUUAGAGUAAAUUCUGUAUAGCUUUGUGUAUACUUCAGGUGGGAAAACAAAGGAGGGUGCCUGAGUUUUUGAUGCAGGAGAUAGUUAAGAUAUACCUCGCUGGUGCUCUAAUGAAGUAUGGUAUGCAUGUUCAUAUAUAUGUAUGUAUGUAUGUAUGUAUGUAAGUAAGAUGUAUGUGUAGAGAUGAAAAUGGUGAACACAAAGUAUACACCGACACUUAUGGUGGACAGGUAUGAUGUUAUUACCCGUGUUUUUACCUUUGUUGAAAUGUUGUAUGAUAUAGUGGAAUAAAUGAGUUAACAUGCUACUGUAGUCUGUACAUAAGUUGUUUUACUGUGAUUAAUGUUGAGAUGGAGGGGAUUGGUGUAUAUAUAAGGAUAAUCAGAAGAAACACUCAGUGUCUGCAACUAUCAAGUUUAGAGCUGAAUUCACCAGAAGAUGACCAAAAUGAAAAAGGUUCAGGGGACAGAGUGGCCUUGUUUCUUUUCUGAAUUCAAUUACUUUCUGUUAUGUUCUUCGUGUGCAAUGGUGGGAUCAAUCAAGAGGUGAGAUGUAGAAUAUUUAUGUAGGCACAUUUCAUUUAUUGCUGGGUGGGGAUAAGUGCUUAGUUUAGUUAGAGUUGUCUGUUUCUGCUGAUGAGUCGUUUUCCAGGGAAUCUUCUCAUUACUUCCUUCCCUGCAGCAUUUCCUUUCUCUCCUCUCCUGAGUCUGCAACCAGAGAUUUUUACAUGGAUCUGGUUACCAAAUUGGGUCCUACAAACAGAUUUUUGCUUUAAAUCUUACUGUAGUUUAUGUAGAUCGUCUAUUAGGAUUACCCACAAACCAAUCUUGGUUUUAAACCAUUUCCCCUUCAACAUUCGUCCGUUUAGUAAGAAUGUUGAUUGGGUUGUCCAUUUUCGGAUUAUGUUCCUUUCCGUUGCAUCUUCACUGUAGCAGUUCUUGUACCCGAUCGUGUGAGAAGACUUGCAAGCUUAUGGAAAAGAGGCUACUUUUCCUAGAAAUACUCUUUUCUUAGUGCAUGGGUUUUGCUUUUGAUCGGAAGGAAGUAGAGUAUGAGCUGGGAUCUUGUUAUUAUCGUGAUUGAAUCAGACGUGGGCUGGCAAACAGCCUAACAAAACCCAACCAACUAGCCACCACACGUGAUUAAGCUUUGUACUUCCCUUCCCUUCCCUUUUCUCUUUACAAGCUAUCUCCCCUCCAUAGAUAUAUGCCUCCCCGGCUAGGGCUAGGGGGCAAGCUUGGUACUUGUGUUUGAAAUUUGAAUAUACUGAAUAUCAUAUCAAAUUUGUUAAUAAUAUUGUAUUAUUGAAUGCACAUGUUAUUUAAUAGGAUUGAAAUUAUAGUUAAAUUUCAAGUGCUAUAUGGUAUUAGAAAUUACCAAAUUGAGAUCGGUAAUAUAUCGAAAUACUGAUGAAUACCGUAACAUAAGCCAGUGAUCAUUUUAUCCCCAACCAGACCCUCUCACUCACUGUUACCAGACCCUCAACCGUCAAAAUGAUCACUUACCCAGCUCCGAUUGUCUAUGACUUCGUCUAUAUGGGUUCAAACGAAUAUCGAUAAAAUCAUAGUAACGAGACAUAAAAAAAAGGUAAUAAAACGAUUACCAUUCU